UUCAGAUUGGUAUUAUUUUUUUUGUGGUUUGUCCUGCACGUAGACAGAGAUUUCCUCAGAAUCCCUAACUUUCCUUUAAAAAUUCUUUUUCUUCCAGCAUUUUCUAUUUACUUUAUAAUGCAUUUGGUGUCUUACUAGACAACCUUUUUAGGCAACUUACUCGGCGACCAGUCCACUUUUUGAUUCACCACGUUCCUUCCCUGCGUGUACCGGACAGUUUGGCACUGGGUGACCACCAAAAUAUUUCCCUGUGCACUUUUCGCCUAACACAGCAGCAAAGCUCAAUUCCGGGAGCAGCCCAGCACUUCGAUCCAAAACCAUCGUGACGCGCCCAGGCGCUCCCCCUCCCGCCGACAUGUCGUGGCUCACGGCCUUUACGGGCUUUGCCGCACCGCUAUUCCUCGUCCUGUCGCCCAUUCUGUCUUACAGCGACCAGGCCCUCGCGAUGCACCGCCAAAAGAGCAGCGCUGGAUUCAGUCUGGACAUACCCCUGAUCAUGAUCGUGGCGUCGUUGUUGAGGAUAUUCUACUACCCCGGUGCGCAGUUCGAUAAAGCGCUCUUGGUCCAGGCCUUCGUCAUGAUAGCUGUGCAGGCUGUCCUGCUCAAGAUCGCACUUGACAACAGGCCAGGGCCGGCACACAAAGGCGGCGAGGCGGCGCUUCCCUUCACUGGCGCUCAGGAUGGGUUCCGCGGCCAGCCAAGACCGUACAACUUUUGGCAGUGGAGGUCACACAAGCCUUACUGGCAGUUCAUACUCUACUUCUUCAUCGGCCUCACGAUCCUUGAGCUCAUCAUUGCGCCAAUCCGAUUCCUCUACGCUAUAUACUCCCCUACGAUCGGCUACAUAGGCCUCGCGGUGGAGGCGACGCUCCCACUCCCGCAGAUGGCUGCCAACGCGCGGUCCCGGUCCUGCAAGGGCUUCCGGCCGUCGGUGGUCAUCAGCUGGAUUAUGGGAGACGCCAUGAAGAUGUACUGGUUCUUCACCUCGGAGACCGAGAUCCCGACUGCCUUCAAGGUCUGCGGAAUGUUCCAGGCCGCCUGCGACCUGUUCCUGGGCGCGCAGUACCUAAUGUACGGCGAUGGCGAGUCGCGCGUGGCGGGCGUGGAGAUGCCGCGCGGCCUCGGAAUUGCCAAUGGGGCCGUCCCGAUGCAGCAAAUGGGUGCACACAGCCCGAGCUUCACGGCCUCCACGGGCCGGAUUGGUGGGGGUUUUGACGGGCCGGCCGGACGUAGAACUCCAAGCCUUUCUUCAAACAAGGACUUUGAUUGAUGCGUCGAGUGAGGGUUAAUUAGAAGUGUGGGGAUGAAAAGACCAAGAAUUUGAAGCACGUCGGAUUUUGCAGAUGGAUGGAUAGGCUUUUGGGUGCUGUACUGGACAAGGGGGUGCAGACAGGGUAUAUAAUCAGGGAGGGCUACGAAGUACCGCAGCCUAGGGCCGUGCACCGUGUUCAGUUGUGUGAAGGAGAUACCUCCAGUCUUGUGCGGCCACCCAAUAAUUCCGGCGCUGCAGGAAAAUCAUUGCAUCGAUAAAGCUUUAGAGUAAAUCAUAGAGCUUCUAGAAAUAUAUGAAACAGAAUUGAUUGUUAUCCCGAGGGGCUGGCAGCAUUCGCGGAGUUCUUGGCGACUGGGCUUAAUGUAUUGUAAUCACUAACACGAAC